CGAUCCUGAAAAGUGUCGCGUUAGUUUUCAGUAUAUUGUUACCUCUCACAAAGUUAAGGUGUUAAACGUUGUUCUUACGUUUUCCUGCUAAAAUGGCACAGAACAAUCUAGAAGUCGGCAUGAAAUGCAUAAAGUAUAUGCUCUUGUGCGUUACAGCUAUUUUUGUGGUGAGUACUCUAAUAUGUGGUAUUGCGUAUUAUUUGUUCGUCUUAUCAGUGUGUGAUGUGGCAUCGUUACAGCUCACCUCAGCUCUGAUCAUCUCAGUGGGUACCACGAUCUACGCUAUCUACUACGAUGUGUCGUUCUUCCUGGACACACAUCAGUUCUCACCGGUGAUCUUCAUCAUCGUCAUUGGUGUUAUCAUGCUCUUCGUUUCUCUGUUCGGCUGCAUUGGUGCCCUAAAGGAGAGUACCUGCUUGGUCAACAUUUUCGCAGUGAUCCUCAGUUUGGUGCUCGUGCUAGAAGUUUCUGCCGCCAUCGCAGCGUACACGCUUCGUGCGCAGGUUGCAGACAUGUUGGAGGAAAAUUUGAAGGACGCAAUCCAUUGGUACUAUAAUAGUUAUGAAGUAACCGAUGCCUUUGACUUCAUUCAAAGCAGGUUGAACUGUUGCGGAGUAGACUCCUACCUCGACUGGGGUGAGGUGAAUGCUAACAAACCCAGUAUCUCCGUUGCCAAUAUCACAGUCCCCUACUCAUGCUGCGCUCAAACACACUAUGAAGUCAUUGGGGAAGUAGAAAUCGACGAGUGCGUGAAGCUAUACGCUAACGGCUGUCUCCCCAGGAUAACUUACUUAAUCUAUCAAAGCGCGGGAUUGCUUGGUGCUGGAGCUAUGACGAUUGCAUUCAUUCAGGUUAUCGGCAUCGUAUUCUCCUUCUCGCUGGCCAGGUCCAUUCGUAAAGCGAAGUCUGAGCGCGAGCGCAGACGGUGGGAGAUUCAGGAGCGCAUGGUCAAUGCCUAUACUUCCCUUAACCCUGACAAGGAAAAAAGUACGCCAAUUGUCUAUGUCCCUUUCCACGGACAGACGACCGCUUGAGUUUAAAAAGAAAUAAAAUUUAAAAGGCUAUGUUAAAAAAGUGGAAAAUUUGUCCGAAAGAAUAAUUUUAUAACGUCACAAUUUUUGUUGGUCCGAAAAAUAGAAAUUAUAGAAAUAAAAGUUAACGUAUAAA